AUGUCGCUGAAAACUGUAAUCCAGUUUCCAAUUUUUGCACCUCCAGACCACCAACUCCACCGCCGCCACCCCGCCUCCGAGAUCCGCUUCUCGCGGUGGAACAAUGCCAACGCCGAGAAAUUCAUCCGCCGUGAGCGUGAACAGAAGGAACUUGAAGACGAGCUCCGCUUUGAGAAGCGCUUCGAUUCUGCCCUCAAUAUCACUCAUAAUUACAACCCUGCCCCUCCUCACCGCACCACUUUCAAGUCCACUGGCACCCCUUCAUCUCCUUCUUCACCUUCCAUACCUGGAAAAUUCUCUAAGUACUCGAAAUCGGCAAAAUACCCUCCUGGGAAUUCAGUUCACCCCCGGAAAUUUGGGGAUGAUUUUGGUUACACGGAGACACCGAAGUUGAAGCCGUUAAAGUUGAGGGAGCCAUUGGUAUCCCCGUUUGGGCCGGGUUCUAUACCGAAACCAUGGCUGGGGCGGAAGCCGCUGCCUUCCAGCAAGAAGAAGCUGCCAGAAUUUGACUCUUUCCAGCUCCCCCCACCCCAUAAAAAGGGGGUGAAGCCUGUGCAGGCGCCUGGGCCAUUCCUUCCUGGUUCUGGGCCGAAGUACAUGAGGUCCCGAGAGGAGAUAUUGGGGGAGCCAUUGACCAAGGAGGAAAUUAAGGAGCUCAUUGAAGGGUCUAAGAAAUCGCAGAGACAAUUGAAUAUGGGAAGAGAUGGCCUGACACACAACAUGUUGGACAACAUUCAUGCUCUCUGGAAGCGACGGAGGGUGUGUAAGAUCAAAUGCAAAGGAGUGUGUACAGUGGACAUGGAUAAUGUCCGCCAACAGUUGGAGGACAAAACUGGAGGGAAGGUUAUUUACAGCAGAGGUGGUGUGAUAUACCUUUUUCGUGGAAGAAACUACAAUUAUAAAACACGGCCACGCUUUCCUCUUAUGUUGUGGAAACCUAUUACCCCUGUGUACCCCAGGCUGGUUAAACGAGUUCCUGAGGGUUUGACUUUGGAAGAAGCAAGUGAAAUGCGGAAACUAGGGCGCAACCUAACACCAAUAUGCAAGCUUGCUAAAAAUGGUGUUUAUUGUGACCUUGUAAAAAAUGUGAGAGAAGCAUUUGAAGCAUGUGAAUUAGUGCGAAUCAAUUGCCAAGGAUUGAAUGGGAGCGACUACCGAAAAAUAGGAGCCAAACUUAAGGAUCUUGUCCCAUGUGUGUUAAUAUCUUUUGAAUAUGAACACAUACUUAUAUGGAGAGGACGACAUUGGAGGUCAUCCUUGUCAGAACCUGAAGAUGGUCCAAAAGAAGUGCAGGAAGUUAAAUUUGAUGUGGCCUUAGCAGAUACGGCGGCGUCAGCACUAUCAUCAUCUAGUGUUCCAACUGUAUCAAUUGUAAAUCGGAAUUCGAAUGAUCUUGACACUAGCUAUACUCCUACAUGUGGCAAUGAGGAAUCAAAGCAAAGCAGUGAGUUGGCUGAAGCUGGGGUUGAGGAUUUUCUCUUUACAGUCAACAUGUCAUUGGAAGCUUCUCAAGCAGUCUUGACGGUGCAGAGUAUUAAUGAAGGGACUGAAAGAUCUCCUGUUCAUGCAGGCUACAGUGGUAAUGAUUCAGAAGCAUUCAGUGAAAUAAGUGAGAGCAAAACCUUAUUGGGUGGUGGUUUAGUGGAGUCCAAAGGGAAUCUGGGGACCAGUGCCGGUAGAGAAAACCUGGUGGAAAUUUCAUCUGCGGUUCCUCGUGACAAUGAUUCAGUAAAAGACACUAAGAACAUUGACGAGCUAGUAAGUUUGAGCCCGCCGUGGACUAAGGGAGUUAUGCUACUAUUGAAGCAGGCCAUUGAAAGUGAGAAGGCAAUUGUGUUAGGUGAUCAUUGUUUGGAUGCUGACAAUGUGUUUAAAGCAACAGUUGCUUUUGCCAAGACUGCUCCAGCUGGGCCUGUCUUUAGGCAUGGACCUAAGAAGUUGGCAGUUCAAAGAGGCGAGAAAAAACAGACUAGUGAUUUGGAGCUUAAAGAAGCUGCUGCAGUUGCAGGGACAGAAAUAGCAGUUUCAGGCAAGAGAGAGAAUGAAAGAAAGAGUUCAAGAAAUGAAAAGAUGAAAGAUAUUAAAGCUGAUUAUCUAAAUAUAGUUCCUCAGGGAAACCUUGGAGUUGAUGAACUUGCCAAGUUACUUGCUUAA